CACUUCCUACUGACUCUCGACUACUUCCUGUGCAGAAACAUUACGUACGUACUUCCUUUUUCUAUUAGGGAGCCUGUGGACACGUGACCUGUCACCAUGGGGGCCUACAAGUACAUGCAAGAGAUCUACAGGAAGAAGCAGAGUGACAUCAUGCGCUUCCUCAUCAGAGUCCGCUGCUGGCAGUUCAGACAGUUGUCUGCCAUUCACAGGGCAUCUAGACCCAUGCGUCCUGACAAGGCUCGUAGACUUGGAUACAGGGCAAAGCAGGGUUACGUUAUCUACCGUGUCCGCAUCAAGCGUGGAGGUCGCAAGCGCCCUGUCCCUAAGGGUUGCACCUAUGGUAAACCCAAGACUCAUGGUGUGAACCAGCUGAAGUUCCAGCGCUCCCACAGAAAUGUUGCAGAGGAACGUGUGGGAAGAAAGUGUGGUGCCCUGCGUGUCCUCAACUCCUACUGGGUAGCCCAAGACUCUACCUACAAGUUCUUUGAAAUCAUCCUUGUUGAUCCCUUCCAUAAGACCAUCCGCCGUGAUCCAGCCAUUCAAUGGAUCUGCAGAUCUGUGCACAAGCACCGUGAAUUGCGUGGCCUCACCUCUGCUGGCAAGUCCUCUCGCGGUUUGGGUAAAGGACACAAGUUCAACAAGACUACUGGAGGCUCAAGACGCAAGAACUGGAAGAAAAACAAUGCUGUUUCUCUUCGCAGAAAGAGAUAAACUGUUUUUGUUUUUUUAUUUUUUAUUUAUUUGUCUUGGAGACAAGUGCAAAUAAAUUUUAAAAUUUAGAA